GGCCGCGACUUCUCUUUUGAUGACUGUGGCCGAGCCUUCACCUGCCUGCCCGCAGAGGAGCCCGGUGCCUCGGCCGAAGCUCUUGUCUGCAACCUGGACAGUCUGCUGGAGACCAUGACACACCGGCUCUGUGUGGGCUCCCCGCCCGGUGUGUGGGUCUGCAGCACUGACAUGCUCCUCACCGUGCCCUCAGCACCAGAGAUCGACUGGGAUGGCUUCCAGGGCGUCAGAGUGAUCGCUGUGCCCGGGAGCCAGGCGUAUGCCAGGAACCAUGGGGUCUACCUCACGGAUGAGCAGGGGAUGGUGCAGGACAUCAUCUACAAAGGCACAGAAGCCCAGAUCCAGCGGUGUGCAGGGCCUGACGGUACCGUCCCACUGCUCUCCCUCUUCUUCGACAUCGUGCUCUGCAUGGCAGGGGGGGUGACAGAAGAGGAGUUUGUGAAGGGUGGCAGCGAUGCGACCUGCGUCCCUGACGCGUCCUACGACUACAUGACCACCUCUGCGAGCGACCACAUCCGCAGCCUGACGCUCCUGCCCGGUUCUGCCAGCCACCUCCGCUUCUGCAAAACGGCCUAUUCCCACGUGGAU